AUGUCUGAGAGCUUCAACGAAGAGAUCAUCGAGGACUCUCCCGCCGCUCCCUCUGGCGAUGUCGAGAUGACCGAGGGUGGUGCUGAGACUGCCGCUGCCGAGGACGGCGACGCGCCCGCCAACAAGGACGAGCUCCCCUUUGCUGAGGAGUCCGCCGACUCGCCCCCUCCUCCUCGCGUCACCUUCCUGCAGUACCUUUCGAGCCCUAUCGUUACUUUGAUCGUCGGCACCGGAGACCAGGAGACCAUCCUUACUGCCCAUCAGUCCCUCCUCGUCCAGAGCCCCUGGUUCGCCGAGGCCUGCGCCGACUUCACCGAUGAUGGCAGCCCCCGCCAGAUCGAGCUCCCUAACGACGACAUCGACGCCAUGGGCUGCUUCCUCGAGUUCCUCUACACGGGCGACUACUUCCCCAAGAAGGUGCCCGGCCAGCGCUCGCUGGAGAAGGACCCGUCCAUCCCCGAGGUCGACCUCACGGGCGAGCAGCUCCUCAAGCACGCGCGCGUGUACACCAUUGCCGAGAAGUUCGGCCUCACCAACCUCAAGAACCUGGCCUCGUCCAAGAUCCACUGCGUCAACUCGACCGCCAAGGGCGAGAUCGCCUACGCUCGUUAUGUUUACGAGUUCACCUCCAAGGACGACACCACCAUCCGCGCCCCCGUCGCCAACUUCUGGGCUACCAGGUCCCACACCCUCCGCGCCGAGGCCGAGGACGAGUUCAGGAACUUGUGCUUGGAGUUCCCCCAGUUCGGUUACGAUGUGCUUACCCGCGUCCUCGACGAGAAGCUCAAGCGCGAGCGCAACGAGAAGAUGCACCCCGGUACCGGCAGCGCUCGCAAGCGCCCCAGGCACAGCAGCCAGGCUUAA